AUGAAAUUCUAAUUUUUGAUUGCCUUUACUGCUUAUUUAUUAAACUUAACAAGUGCUGAUGAUAAGAAUUGCAAUUUUACUAUUGAUCAGUUGAACAGCAAAGUAUUAAAAACUGUUAUAGUCGAAGAUUGUGAUAAUUGCUUCACAUCAGAUGUUACAUUAACUAUAUAGUCAAAUAUUAAUAAAUCACUUCUCUUUAAUUAACUGCAGUCGAAUCUAAUGACCCUGUAAAAAGCCAUAUAAUAUUCUACUCCUAGACCAAUUAUCAGUAAUUUGAUUUCCUCCUGCUAAACAAAAUAAAUUAAUGGAUAGCUCACUUAUGAUUUAACUUUCUUGCCUUAAAUUAAUGAGCAUUACUAAGCAUUUAGAUUAAAUGUUGCAAAUGCUGGAAAAACUAGUAACUCAUUACUUAUAAGCGUAGCUUACAUCUCAAUGAUUAUUUGUAUCAUACUAUUUUUCUGA